AUACAUGUAAACGCAUGUAAAGACAAACUCGACGUUUAUCCUGGAUUUCCACGACACUCACGGGUGUCGCGGCAAGCAACAGCACACGAAUCGCAAGGGCAAAGGACCAUGGACGACUUUAUUAAGACGCUGAUUGCCGAGGUGAAGUCGCAGGGCGUUUUCGACGAAUUCCGCUUCAACUGCUGCCUGGCGGACGUGGACACGAAGCCCGCCUACCAGAAUGUGCGCACCCGGGUGGAGACGGCGGUCAACGAUUUCCUGGCCAAGCAGCAAUGGACGCCCGAGACCAACAAGGUCCAACUGCGGGAGAGGCUGCGAAAGCACCUCCUGGACUCCGAUGUCCUGGACAAGGGAGUGGACCAAAUCGUGGACCAGGUGGUCAAUCCCAAGGUGGCCACCAUAUUUGAGCCAAAGAUCGAGAGCAUUGUCUACAAGUACCUGGGCAUCACACCCCCGCCGCCUCCGCCAGCGCGACCCGCCAUGCUGCCUGCUCCGCCAUUGCCGCCAUUUGCUGGCCACUUAAACGGCAGCAGCCUGCUCAAUGUGGAGACCACAGCCAGCCUGCUGCCCACGGACCUGGAGCAGAUAAGUCCGGACUCCGAUCGGGCUACCGUCAAGUCCGACUUAAGGGAUGACGAGCUGCCGCCCGGAGUAGACGAUGAGGACACCUCGCCAUCUUACGAGCUAGUUAGCGAUCGGAAAACACUGGCCAAGGAGGAGAUAAAUAACGUAUCCUUGAACAACUCGGAUUCGGUGAACGGCGUCUCGCAGGCGUCGCAACUCUCGCAGGUGUCCAGUGACAGUCGCUUGACCAUCGCGUCCUCAACGGAAUCGUUGACAGCACAAAACAGCGGGGAGCCAGAAAACAUUUGCGAGGAGGCGCAAAUGCCAAAGUUCAACGAAAACUCUUGCGAUGCUAGUGCUGCAACAGGGCAAAGUGAAGGUCGCCAACUCCACUUCGACAUCAAACAGGAUGCCAUUACCUUCGAAGGUACUGAGCGAAAGAACUCAAUGUCGGAGACAACUAGCACAGGCCCCCAACUUCUUUCCAUUGAGGAUGAGAUUAUGUCCGAGGUGAAGGCGAACAUAGAUGACGCCAACAAUGCCAGUAUUGAGUCUACAGUACCGGAGUCUGUACCAGUUCCAGCCCCGCCAAAAACUGCGCCGCCUCCUCCGCCAGCAGCGCCGCCGAAAGUAGAGCCUCCUCCGCCGGCACCACCAACAGUUGAGCCGCCUCCAGUGCCCCAACCACCAGCGUCACCUCAUUUCGAUCCACCUCCCCCACCAGCACCACCUGCAGUUGAGCCACCUCCACCGCCAGCACCACCUACAGUUGAACCACCUCCUCCACCAGCACCAGCUGAAGUAGAACCACCUCCUCCUCCAGCACCACCGCAAGUCGAGCUUCCUCCUCCGCCAGCCCCACCAAAAUUGGAUCCACCUUUAACGCCCCAAAGGGCAGAAGGCAGUAAUGGAUCCUUCCCAGAGCUGGCUGCGACACCCAAUGAGACUGAAACUCGGGAUAAACAACACAAUGUAAACGCGGAUGUCAAAAAAGAAGAUGACCAACAAUCAAUAACGGAAGUCAAGGAGGAUAAACACCCAGAGCUUGGAUUGGAAGCACCAAAAGAGGAUGUUUCCAAAUCGUGUGAGUCCACAGCGUUGCCAGCAUCCGCAUCAUCGCAAUCUAAAAGCCAUUCUAAGUCCAAGGACAAGGAAAAGGAUCGCCGACACCACAGCCACUCAGAUGAUAAACAGCGACGCAGGAGCAGAGAUCGGGACCGCGAUCGUGACCGUGAUCGUAGUCGCGACAAAUCCCACAGCAAACAUUCCUCGAGUUCCAGCUCUAAGCACUCCUCAUCGAACUCAUCCAGUUCGAAACAUAAGAGUAGUAGCUCCAAGAACGAUAACAGCUCCUCAAGGUCGUCAAGCCGGAGUAAUCGAGAGUCAUCCUCAUCCAAGCGCUCGGGAACCAGUUCUUCAUCUCGCCACGAAUCCUCCUCACACAAAAAACACAAGUCCAGUUCAUCCUCAUCACGAUCGGAUCGAGAUAAAGACAAAGAUAAGGAUAAGGACAAGGAACGGGAAAAGGAGAGUCAAAGUCGAAGUCACCACAGCAGUAGCAGUUCCUCGUCGUCUUCAAGGAGAAAAGAUCACGAUCGGGGCCGCGACCGUGAUCGUAACAAAUCGAACUCUUCGGGCAGUGCGGAGAAUAAAGCGAUCCACGAUGAUCACAGCGAAAGCAAAGCAAAGUAUAAGCAGCGACGUGGCUCCGACUCAAACGAUGAGGGUAAGCCUCCCAGUUCCGGUGGUCCUGCCAAGAACACCCAGCCAGAGGUUUCAGCAGCUCCAGUUAAAUCAGAUGCGCCUGUGGAGAAUGGUAACGGCACGAAUGGAAACUCCAAUGGUAGCAGCAAUGGUGCUUGCGACAAUGCGGUAAGCAGUGCCAGUGGUGUUGUCAUCGUAAGCGACAUCCUGCAGCAAUCGUCGAGCAGUUUUGUUGAACUGACAGCGGGGUCCCAGUCUCAUAAAACAGUGGAGAGCAGUAAGCCUGAACCCGAAGAUAUUGACAUAAAAGAGGCGGAGAGUCAGCCGGAAAAAAUAGAAUUGGAGGCAGCCCAAGACAUAUGCGCGUCGCAAGAUGAAGUACCCAGUGUAGAACCUCUAACCUCUGCUGACUCCGUUCCUGAUUUCCCAGCCGCUGAAAGCAGAGGAGACGAAAAAGCGGAGACCAAUGUGGAAGAGAAUAUGCCUGCCCAGGAAAACAUACCGGAAAAUCCGCCUGAAAAGUCCCCCGAAGAACCUGCCAAAAUCGACCAUGUUGAGGAUCUACCGAAAGAAGCUGACAAACCCGCCACACCAGUCCCAAUCUCGAAUGAGCAAAGCGACGAACUGCACGCCGACUUUGUGACCCACUUCGAAGAAAAUACAGACGAGUUUAAGACCCGUCUGCAGCUCAUCAAUCAACUGAUAGAGGAUCAAAAGAAUUUGCUAAACAGGUUAAGUGCGGAUGGCACGCAGGAAGAGGCAGUGGAUGUACGAGCCCUGCGACGGAGCAUAUCCAAGCGAAGACGGAGCAGCUUGCAGGAGCAGCAACGAGCGGUGCGGGAGUCGACACCGCCGCAGCUUAGAAGUCCGAGCAGCAGCACCUCCGGCAGUCCGGCAAAGAGACUGCGACGGGACGAGCCCAAGUCAUCGCCAACGCCAUCUGACGCCAGCAUAAACUCGAAGGAGAACGAGGCUUUGGAGAAGCAGGAGCAUGCUGUAUGAAGCCACCACUAGUCCUAACCAAAUCGCAAUUGAGCUGGCAGACGCCCUGUCCGCCAGGCGACUCAGCAAGAAGCUCUGCCAGCAGCAGCGGUACACCAACGAUGAUCUCUACAAGCCCCGUCCAAUCCUGUCGCAGCGCUCUCGUCGCCGGGGCCUGGACUCCAUCCUCUAGCUAACCAGCUAACGAAUAACCUGUUAUCGGAAACAAUAAAAGGCAAUUGUUGUUAAUGCAUUUGACAUAAAA